AUGUCUAGAUUAUUAGCUAAUUCAUUACGUUCAACAUUAUCAAAAAGAAUAGUUUGUCAAAAUUUCAAAUCAAAAACCAAUUUUACAAUUUCUAAAUCAUUACCAAUUAUUGCAACCACCCCCUUAAGAUCAUUUCAUCAAACACCAAUUAGAUUUAAUGAAAAUAAAGAAUCUCCAGAAGUUGCUUUGAAUGAAGUCAUUAAAACUGAAAGUAAAAUGGUUGAAGCUAUACCCAAUGAAUUAGAUAAUGUAUAUCAAAAUUUUUUAAAUCAAAGUGGAUUUAAAUUAAAUUCAACAAAUGGUAAUGCAAAUGUUGAAUUAAUUAAAACUGAUCCUUCAACUGGUAAUAAAAUUCAUGUAUUUUUUGAUAUUGAUGAAGUAACAGAUAUUCCAACUGAAGAAUUAACAGAAGUUGAAGAUUUAGAAAAUGAAGCAUCAGCAUUAGAUCAAAUUUUAUGUAAUGUUAAAAUUUUUAUUGAAAAUGAAUCAAAUAAUACUGGAUUAUUUUUAAAUUUAUUUUUACAAAAUACUGAAUCAAGUUUUAUGAUUGAUUUUGUAAAUGUUUCAAAUAAUGCUAAACAAUUUUUACAAAAUAUUGAAAAAGAAAAUGAAUUUAUUGAUAAAUUUAAUUAUCAAGGUCCAAAAUUUGCUGAAUUAGAUGAAUCUUUACAAACUGAAUUUGAAAAUUAUUUAGUUGCAAAGGGAAUAGAUAAUGAAUUAGCCGAUUUUAUUGUUGCUUAUUCUGAUUUUAAAGAAGAGAAUGAAUAUAGAACUUGGUUAACUGAUGUUUCAAAAUUCUUAAAUUAA